AUGCGUUCAACCUCAUUUCUUCCCCUCUUCGUUUCUUCAACACUUGUUGCCGUUGCAACAGCAGAGAGCUGCUGUUGGGGCGACAACUGGGCUUACACAAACUGGCUAUGGCAGAAGUGGGAUGAGCCUGCCGGAGUAGUUCGCUGCGGCCUGGGUGGCAACUUUCCGCCUGGUACCAAGUGUACUGUGGAAAACUCGAAAGACUCAAAGGGAAAUAUCCAGGCGGUGACCAACGUCACGUUUGGCGGCAACUCCCAGCCCUUCAGGUUCCGCAUCGGCAUCGACCCCAACAGCUGUGAUACUUUACCCAAUGACAAGGUCAUCACUGGAUGGGAAGGCUGGGGCGCUUAUCUCUUCAAAUCUCAUGAGUUUAACCCGCAAAGACUCGAAUCAUGUACGCAGGAUCAUGCAGCAUGA